CCCCCGCAUCCCUGCCUCCCACCCCAGCGCAGCCCGAGUCCAGACCGGCUCCCGGGACUCCGGCGGCUGCGAGUCCCGGGCGCCGCUCGCUCCUCCUGAUUGGUUGAGCUCCUGUCAGUAGUAAAAAAGGAUCAGAUAGCAAACUGGGGACCUUCAUAAAGGCGUGGUGGGGAUGCUCGAGGAGCGGGCAGCCUAUGACAUCAGCCGCGCACGCCUGGGAUGCCCGCGGCGCCCGGCCAGACCCCGAGGAGGCGCAGGGUCCCGCCGGCCGAGAGCGCAGUAGCCCCGCUGCGGCGAGCGGGGAGGCCGCCGCUUUCCAGGGGACACGGGUUUCGGUCCCUGGCUGCCGCUGUACUCCUUCCUACCCAGGGGAGCUCGCGGAGAGUUGGAUGAAUUCUGGGUUGUUCACUUCGGUCAGCUGAGCUCCCGGGAGCCCGUUCCUGGUGGACAUCAGGGGGCGUCUGGCUAAGGGACCAGCGGCUCUCUGAGACUCAACUCAACAUGACACUCCUGGGGUCUGAGCACUCUUUGCUGAUUAGGACCAAGUUCAGAUCAGUUUUACAGUUACGACUCCAGCAGAGAAGGACCCAAGAACAGCUGGCUAACCAAGGCAUCGUACCAUCCCUGAAAAGCCCACCUGAAUUCCAUGAACAGAGAAAGCGUUUGGAUAGUGCCAAGCCUGAAGACACCCUGAAGCGCAAGGCAAGAAGCAGGUCCGACCGUGCAGCCGUGGUGAAAAUGCACAUACUCCAAGCUUCCACUGCAGAAAGAUCGGUUCCGACUGCCCAGAUGAAGCUGAAAAGAGCCCGUCUCGCAGAUGACCUCAACGAAAAGAUUGCUCUCCGGCCGGGGCCGCUGGAGCUGGUGGAGAAGAACAUACUCCCUGUGGACUCCGCUGUGAAGGAGGCCAUUAAAGGGAACCAGGUGACUUUCUCCAAGUCAGCGGAUGCGUUUGCCUUUGAGGAGGACAGCAGCAGCGAUGGGCUUUCUCCGGAUCAGACUCGAGGGGAAGACCUCCAGGGCUCAGCGGGAUCCCCCCCAGACACGAAAGCUACGGAGACCCCUUUGGCGGGUCCUCGCGGGACAGUCCAGGAUGCAGAAAAUGAGAGGAGUGAUUCAGCCCAACACCCCAGCAACCAGCCAGACCUGGGCAAGCAGGGGCUUGGCUCCCUGGGCACCCCCAUCCCUGUGCACACAGCCGUAAAGUCCAAGUCCUUGAGCGACAACAAGAACCGCCACAAAAAGCCCAAGGACCCCAAGCCAAAGGUGAAGAAGCUCAAAUACCACCAGUACAUCCCCCCGGACCAGAAGGCGGAGAAGUCGCCUCCGCCCAUGGACUCUGCCUACGCCCGGCUGCUCCAGCAGCAGCAGCUCUUCCUGCAGCUGCAGAUCCUCAGCCAGCAGCAGCAGCACCGCUUCAGCUACCCCGGGCUGCACGCAGCUCCGCUCAAGGAACCAAAUGAGCAGAUGGCCAGAAAUCCAAACGCUUCUUCAGCACCAUUGAGCAAUACCCCUUUGUCUCCUGCCAAAAACAGCUUUUCUGGACAAACUGGUGUCUCUUCUCUCAAGCCAGGCCCACUCCCAUCCAACCUGGAUGAUCUGAAGGUCUCUGAGUUAAGACAACAGCUUCGAAUACGAGGUUUGCCCGUGUCCGGUACCAAGACGGCCCUCAUGGACCGACUCCGGCCCUUCCAGGACUGCUCUGGGAACCCUGUGCCCAACUUCGGUGACAUCACGACUGUCACCUUUCCGGUGACGCCCAGCAACGCGCUGCCCAGUUACCAGUCCUCCCCCUCCACCGGCGCCCUGUCCAAUGGCUUCUACCACUUCGGCAGCACUAGCUCCAGCCCCCCGAUCUCACCCGCCUCAUCUGACCUGUCAGUGGCAGGGUCCCUGCCGGACACCUUCAACGACGCCUCCCCGUCCUUUGGCCUGCAUCCCUCCCCGGUCCCCGCGUGUGCCGAGGAAACCCUCAUGGGCAGUCUGAAUGGCAGCUCCAUGCUUCCGGAGCUGGACGGGCUGGACUCGGAGAAGGACAAGAUGCUGGUGGAGAAACAGAAGGUGAUCAACGAGCUCACCUGGAAGCUGCAGCAAGAACAGAGGCAGGUGGAGGAGCUGAGGCUGCAGCUGCAGAAGCACAAGAGGAGCGGCUGUCCCGACAAGAAGCCGCCGCCCUUCCCGGCCGCCCCCAUCAAGCAGGAAGAUGCCGUGUCCAGCUGUCCUUUCUCAUCCCGGCAAACAGCCGUGAAAAGACAGAGCACCGGCUCGGAGGGCCAGCCGCCACUGCCUCGCGAAGACGCUCAGCUCCUGCCCCUGGGGAGCACUCACUGUGCAGAGCCCUCGGGUCAGACCAACGUACUGUCUUCCACAUUCCUCAGCCCGCAGUGCUCACCACAGCAUUCUCCCCUCGGGGCUGUGAAAAGCCCACAGCACAUCAGUUUGCCCCCAUCCCCGAACAACCAUUACUUCCUUCCCCCAUCAUCAGGCGCCCAAGGAGAAGAACACAGGGUCUCCUCACCUGUCAGCAGCCAGGUGUGCACUGCACAGAACUCAGGGGCACACGAGGGCCACCCUCCCAGCUUCUCUCCCCAGCCUCCCAACCUUCACCCCCCCUUCUCUGGAGCUGCGGCAGACAGCAGUCACGGUGCUGGGGGCAAACCUUCUCCCAAAAGCCCAGGUGUACAGCAAAAGAUGGCGGGUCUGCACUCUUCUGAUAAGGCAGGGCCAAAGUUUCCAAUUCCAUCCCCAACUUUUUCCAAGUCCACUUCUGCAGUUUCAGAAAUAACCCAGCCACCAUCCUACGAAGAUGCGGUGAAGCAGCAAAUGACCCGGAGCCAGCAGAUGGACGAACUCCUGGAUGUCCUCAUUGAAAGUGGAGAAAUGCCCGCUGACGCCAGAGAGGAUCAUUCAUGUCUUCACAGAGUCCCAAAGAUCCCCGGGUCUUCUCGAAGCCCCACUGGUGCCCUCCCCAAGUCCUCGGCAGCCUUUGAACCAGCGUCUGCAGGAGGCCAGCUCUCCUUUGAUCACUUCGGUGCUGACAGCGACGAGCACCUGGAAGUCUUAUUAAAUUCCCAGAGCCCCUUGGGGAAGGUGAGCGACACCGCCCUUCUGAAAAUCGGGAGUGAGGAGCCUCCUUUCGACGGGAUGAUGGAUGGAUUCUCAGGGAAGGCUGCAGAAGACCUCUUCAACGCACACGAGAUCCUGCCAGGCCCCCUGUCCCCCAUGCAGACUCAGUUUUCACCCUCCUCUGUGGACAGCAGUGGGCUGCCCUUAAGCUUCACAGAAUCUCCUUGGGAAAGCAUGGAGUGGCUGGACCUCACGCCGCCCAGCUCCACCCCAAGCUUCAGCUCCCUAUCUACUGGGGGCCCCAGCAUCUUCAACAUUGAUUUCCUGGAUGUUACGGAUCUCAAUCUGAAUUCCCCCAUGGACCUCCACUUACAGCAGUGGUAAACACCUGAGGAAGUGCUAAGGAAAGCCAAGAGGAAUCCCACUGGGGAAAGCACAUGACCACAAAUAUUUACAUUCUUCCAAAGAAGGAGGAGCUGGAAGAGGAGGAGGAGAGGAAGAAGAGGGAGGAGGAAGAAGGGGAGGAGGAGCUGGAGAGAAUGAAAAACAAGCAUGGAGACUUCUGUGACAACCAGCAAGAACAAACAGGAGUCUUUUUUUUAAUAGAUAGAUAGUGUAAUAUUUGCCAACAUUCAGUGACUGUUAUUGAUUUCAGCAAUGCUUUCAAAAUUAUGUUUUUUCAGAUCAAGAAUGCAAAAAAAGUUUUUUUUUCUUCCAAUGCCUUUCAAACACUAAUCUUUUUUUCUAGCUUGUAUUUUUUUCAGGCACUGUUGGGGCAUAAUCUCACUUUGUAAGCUUUUCUCAUGAAUUUGUUACUCCUACCAUGGAAAGAAGUUGUAAGCUCUCUGGGGAACACACAGAAGCCAGUCCUUCAAAGGUGAUGGAAGUCAUACCCCAGAAGGCUGCUUCUCCUGUCUCCGUCACCUGCCUUUCAAAACAGAGGUCCGGGCCAGUGUCAGGUUCUUAAGGCAGAACAGAGGGACAGGACCAAUCCAUUCCCAGGGAAGUGAAGUGAACUCAGUACCCCUUGGCUACAAAGCCGCCCCCACUACAGUGACCCCAACCCUGUACCCAGGACUCCAUGUGGUCACUGAUAACAACCAACCUACCUUUGGCCCAAAGAACCCCACCUGGAAUUUCCCUUUCUUAACCAGUGGCCAGAUCACUGUCACUGUCUCCGUGGUGAUGUGUGUGCUCGGUUGCUUGGUUGGUUGUGUCAGACUCUUUGCGACCCCCUGGGCUAUAGCCCGCCAGACUCCUCUGUCGGUGGGAUUUCCCAGGCAAGAAUACUGGAGUGGGUUGCCAUGUCCUCCUCCGGGGGAUCUUCCCAACCCAGGGAUUGAAUUCCAGUCUCCUGCAUUGGCAGGUGGACUCUUUACCACUGAGCCACCUGGGAAUCCCCACCAUGGUGUUUCCCUAACCCAUUGUGAAACAGGAGAGAAUCCUAAGGCAAGAAGAGAGACAAAACCUCCUGCCAUUCUCCAGCACAACCUCCUUUAGUGUCAAAGACUAGAAACGACCAUGUAAGCAAAUCAGAAGUAUCUCUCUGGUCUCAAGAAACUGUUAUCAGGAAUAAUGCAGAUAGCACUAAAGAACAUCAUUUCAUGUACGAUGGGAAUAAACACAGUGGGUUACUAUUCAUAUAACAGGGUGAUUAUUUAUGGACGUUCGGCUUCUCUUUUUAUUUUCUUAUUGGAAGGAGGGGUUCACCUCCGUUAUCUUUCUCCCACUCUACUUUUCUUUCAAAUUCUCCAUCCGUUCUCUCCCCUCUUUUGAAGAUCUCCCUUUCUCUGCCCCAACGUUGGGAGAAGAGGAUUUCAUCCAUUUAUCAGCUGUCCUACUGCUAAUAAAACCAUACAUUAAAAACCUGAAA